CGACUUAGUCCCUCGCCGGCCGGUCUGGGCAGCGGAGGAGGUGGCAGUGUCUGGAGGCUUCGCUAUGGGAAGUUGUUCCUUCGCUCUCCCGCGCCCAGCCCUCCUCCCUGGUUCUCCGCAGCCGUUGUCGGAGGAGAGCACGGGGAGGCGCCGGCUGCAGCCGCGGCUGCUUCUCCCCGCCCGGGCAGCCGCGCCGCUGGGCAGGUGCUGAGCGCCCCCAGAGCCUCCCCUGCCGCCUCCCUCCUCUGCCCGGCUGCCCGGCUGCCGCAGUGCACAUGGGGUGUUGGAGGUAGAUGGGAUCCCGGCCCGGGAGGCGGCGGUGGAUGCGGCGCUGGGCACAAGCAGCCGCCGAUUCCAGCUGCCGUGGGGUCGCGCGCCCCGGGCGCCCAUGCAAGCCCUCGGGUCAGCCAUGGAGACCUCCACGAGCAGCAGCACCGCCCUCGCCUCCUGUAGUCGCAUCGCCCGCCGAGCUGGAGCCACGAUGAUCGCGGGUUCCCUUCUCCUGCUUGGAUUCCUUAGCACCACCACGGCUCAGCCAGAACAGAAGGCCCUGGGUCUCAUUGGCACAUACCGCCAUGUUGACCGUGCCACCGGCCAGGUGCUAACCUGUGACAAGUGUCCAGCAGGAACCUAUGUCUCUGAGCAUUGUACCAACACAAGCCUGCGUGUCUGCAGCAGUUGCCCUGCGGGGACCUUUACCAGGCAUGAGAAUGGCAUAGAGAAAUGUCAUGACUGUAGUCAGCCGUGCCCACGGCCAAUGGUUGAGAAAUUACCUUGUGCUGCCUUGACUGACCGAGAAUGCACUUGCCCAGCCGGCAUGUUCCAGUUUAAUGCUACCUGCGCCCCCCAUACGGUGUGUCCUGUGGGUUGGGGUGUGCGGAAGAAAGGGACAGAGACCGAGGAUGUGCGGUGUAAGCAGUGUGCUCGGGGUACCUUCUCUGAUGUGCCUUCUAGUGUGCUGAAAUGCAAAGCAUACACAGACUGUCUGAGUCAGAACCUGGUGGUGAUCAAGCCAGGGACCAAGGAGGCAGACAACGUCUGUGGCACACUCCUGUCCUUCUCCAGCACGACCCCACCUUCCCCUGGCACAGCCAUCUUUUCACAUCCUGAGCACAUGGAAUCCUAUGAAGUCCCUUCCUCCACUUAUGUUCCCAAAGGCAUGAACUCAACAGAAUCCAACUCUUCUGCCUCUGUUAGACCAAAGGUACCAAGUGGCAUCCAGAAAGGGACAGCCUCUGACAACACAAGCUCAGUAAGGGGGGAGGAAGAUGUGAACAAGACCCUCCCAAACCUUCAGGUUGUCAACCACCAGCAAGGCUCCCACCACAGACACAUCCUGAAGCUGCUGCCAUCCAUGGAGGCCACUGGGGGUGAGAAGUCCAGCACGCCCAUCAAGGGCCCCAAGAGGGGCCAUCCCAGACAGAACCUACACAAGCAUUUUGACAUCAAUGAGCACUUGCCUUGGAUGAUUGUGCUUUUCCUGCUGCUGGUACUUGUGGUGAUAGUUGUGUGCAGUAUCCGGAAAAGCUCGAGGACUCUGAAAAAGGGGCCUCGACAGGAUCCCAGUGCCAUUGUGGAAAAGGCAGGGCUGAAGAAGUCCACAACUCCAACCCAGAACCGGGAGAAGUGGAUCUACUACUGCAAUGGUCAUGGUAUUGACAUCCUGAAGCUCGUAGCAGCCCAAGUGGGAAGCCAGUGGAAGGAUAUCUAUCAGUUUCUGUGCAAUGCCAGCGAGAGGGAAGUGGCUGCCUUCUCCAAUGGGUACACGGCGGACCAUGAGCGGGCCUACGCAGCCCUGCAGCACUGGACCAUCCGGGGCCCCGAGGCCAGCCUUGCCCAGUUAAUUAGCGCCCUGCGCCAGCACCGGCGCAAUGAUGUUGUGGAGAAGAUUCGUGGACUGAUGGAAGAUACCACCCAGCUGGAAACUGACAAACUGGCUCUCCCAAUGAGCCCCAGCCCACUUAGCCCAAGCCCCAUCCCCAGCCCCAACACGAAACUUGAGAGUUCCACUCUCCUGACGGUGGAGCCUUCCCCCCUGGAUAAAAACAAGGGCUUCUUUGUGGACGAGUCCGAACCCCUUCUUCGCUGUGACUCAACAUCCAGCGGCUCCUCUGCGCUGAGCAGGACUGGCUCCUUUAUUACCAAAGAAAAGAAGGACACAGUGUUGCGGCAAGUACGCCUGGACCCCUGUGACUUGCAGCCUAUCUUUGAUGACAUGCUCCACAUUCUGAAUCCUGAGGAGCUGCGAGUGAUUGAAGAGAUUCCCCAGGCUGAGGACAAACUGGACCGGCUAUUUGAGAUUAUUGGGGUCAAGAGCCAGGAAGCUAGCCAGACCCUCCUGGACUCUGUUUAUAGCCAUCUUCCUGACCUGUUGUAGAACAUAGGGGUAUUGCAUUCUGAAAGUUACUCAAUUACUCAAUUUAGUGGCAGGGUGGCUUUUUGUUUUGUUUUGUUUCUGAUUUUUGUUUUUUGGGGUGUGUGUGUGUUUAACAGAGUAUAUGGCCAGUGUUUGAGUUCUUUCUUCUUUUUCUUUUUUUUUCUUUUAACUCUCCUGGGAAGUUAGUUUAUAAGCCUUUCCAAGGUGUAACUGUAUCAAAAUAUGCACCACUAAAGUUUCUUAAGUUCCGUAUUUUCUCUGUUUUGCCUUCUUAUGUAUUUUCAAAAUUGUUCUGUGCACUUUAAAGUCAUUUAACUUACCAUAAAUGCAGUGUGACUUUACCUACACACUGAUUGUGAGGCUCUUAACUUCUUAAAAGUGUAAUGGCAUCCUGUGAAUCCUAUAAACAGUCUUCAUGUCUCUCAACAUCCACACCUACUUUUUAAAAAAAGAUUAUUGUUACUAUUUUUAUUAUUGUUUGUCCUUUACAGAUUUUCUUAAAGAUUAAGGAAAUUUAAGACUCCACUGAGUUACUGUAAUGAAAUUAGACUUUCAGUUAUCUUUUUAAUAUGUCUUCUUGUACAAUUCAUAUUCAUGGCUGAAACUUGACCACACUGUUGCUGAUUGUAUGGUCUUCACCUGGACACCGUGUAGAAUGCUCGAUUACUUGUGCUCUUCUUAUGCUAAUAUUCUCUGGGCUGGAGAAAUAAAAUCCUCAAGCCAUCAGGACUUGCUAUUUAAGUGGCCUGACCACCAGGCCACCAAAGAACUUGAACUUCAUCUUUUAGGGAUUGAGUUGUUCUAGAACACAUUGCUGCACUUUGGAAAGUAGAAAUUGAGUGCCAGUGGCACCUUUUCCAUAGAGAAUCUGCCCAGCUUUGCUUUAAAAGGUGUCCUGUUUUUUAUACACACAUAGUCAAUAGGUCCAGGCUGCCUGCAAGACCUUGGUCUUGGUGGGUUUCCUUUGCCAUUCAAUCACUUUAACUAACAAUGGCUGCAGGUGUAAGAACUCUUGUCUGAUAAUAUUUGCAACUAUAUGCCCAUUUAUAAACAUACCCUCUAAUGCUCAGUUGCCAGACUCUAAUGCAAAGGUGGUGUGGACUCCCUUUGUGUGGGCAGGGCUUGUGGGUAACGGACCCAUAUCAGAAAAAUGCCUUCAAGUGUACUAAUUUAUUAAUAAAUACUAGGUGUUUGUUACUUGA